UUUUUAUCUUCAAAUGCCAAAGAUAUCGGUGUAUUAUAUUUAAUAUAUGCAUUAUUUGCAGGUUUAAUUGGAACUGCUUUUUCUGUUUUAAUAAGAUUAGAGCUGUCAGGACCUGGUGUUCAGUAUAUUGCGGAUAAUCAAUUAUAUAACAGUAUUAUUACUGCUCAUGCUAUUAUUAUGAUUUUCUUUAUGGUC